AUGAUCUUCCGGAAGGGCAUGCGCUUGCGGCUGACGCGCAACAUCGACAAGGAGGUCCUCUCGGUCCAGCCGCCCGCGCUCGCGCUCCGCACCGCGGAGAACACGCGGCUGCUCGUCCACUACGUAUUCGCGGACGGGCAGAAGUUCAUGCCGCGCGCGUACGGCUGGGCGAUGACGAUCCGCCGCUCCCAGGGCAGCACGCUGGACAUGGGCGCCAUCUGCUUCGACAGGAAGCGGCCGGACCGAGGCUACGCGUACGUCGCGCUGUCGCGGUUUCGCACGCGAGACUCGGUCUUCUUGCUGGGGCGCAUCCGCGCGACGGACUGGCUGCCCGUCGGCGGGGGCCCCAGCGCGGAGCAGACCUGCCCAGGCUUCCUUAGCGACUCCGACGCCAGCGAAGACGAUGCGGGCGCGGAGUCAGAGGCCUCGGAGGAGGACAGUGGGCGCCCCGAAGAGGGCGCGGCAUCGGGCGGCGGCGGCCUGGACACCGAUUCUGCCUGCUGUUCCGACGCGCGCUCGGACAGCGUGGACCCCGCUCUGGGUUGCUUCUCGGACUGGAGCUCCGACGCGCACUCGGAGAGCGUGGAUCCCGCCUUGGGCGACAGUCUGGUCUGGUCCUCGGACGAAGAGAGCGUCGACCCCGCGAAGGCGCUGAACUCCGUCGGGUGGCCCCUAGUCGCCCACGCCACGGAGCCGCCCGCGCCCGACGCCGCCGUGGCCAGCGCGGGCAGCGACUCAGACGGCGGCUGCAGCGGCGCCGCGUCGCCACCGCCGUCGCCCUCGGUCGCCGACUGCCCUGCGCCCGAGCCGGCAGAGGGGCGCCCGGCGUCGCCACCAGAGCCCGGCUUGGCGCUGGGCUGGGACGACGCGGCCGGCGCGUGGGCCCCGGUGGCGCCCUUCCGGCACUACUGGGCGUCGGAGGCGGGACUUUAG